CCGUCAUCGAUACUACUACUGUACGCGACCUUUGUAGGACACGGAGCGAAAGGCUCAUUGGCCAGCGUUGGGAGGCGCGGGAGCCAAUCAGUGCGCUCCGUGGCGUCCUUGAGGGUCGGAAGGAACAGAGGAAGUGUAAGAACGGAAGCUGUUUCACAUCAGUUGCCGGUGAGGAACGUGUACGUUCGGGCGUGCCUGCCGUUGCUCUCUGUGGUUCCUGAGUAGUGUUUGUGAGUGUUGGUCGUCAGUCGUGUGGAAGUCCUCCCUGCCCGCCAGGUUAUCUCAUCACUCGGCGCUAUAAACAAUGGUUUGACGCUACAACAACCGGUCUCGUUGAAAGUGAAGGUCCGUAUUGUCUCCUGCAUCAAGAAACAACAAUAGCAACCGCUGCCAAAAUAAACUGGUAGUAUUGUAUAUAUUAUCACUGAAAACUGGUGCUGUACCUAGUGACCAAGACCUGCCCGCUGCUGUUUGUGUCACCCUAACUACAGUCUUGUCAACACUCCACACCAUGAAGGUGUGGUUGACGGUGAUGGUGGUGGUGGUUGUGGCGUCUCAAGUCGACGCACAGUUCAGGCUCCCGCCGCUGCCUUCACCUCCAGAGAUCCUCUUCGGCGCCUUUAGGCCUUUAUUUGCCCUCACUCGACCACGCACUCGUCUGCGUCCACGCCCUCGCCCUCCGAUUCUCGGCCCCGGCCCCCAGUUCCUCACCCAACAGCCACUCAUGAUCUGCUUCCCAAAAAGACGAUUUCGACGGUGUCAGUUAUUGAGGCCCGAAGUUGGAAACAUACAGAGUCAGCGGCCGGUGUUUCCUUCUCUUCCCCCACAGGUGUUCAGACCACAGCCACCUCCACCUCCGCCACAGCAGAACCUUAUAUUCUCUCCACCACCCGUUACCAGACCCUCACCGCCACCCCGCCCGCAGUUCGUCCAGCCUCAGACGAGACCUCCAGUUGACCUCAGUGGUUUUGGGUCACCGCGUCCAAACUCCAUUUUGAAUCCCCAGUCAAAACCACCGCGACCACCCCAGCCACGACCACAGCCCCCACCACGACCACAGCCCCCACCACAACCACAGCCGCAACGACCGCAACCACAGCUGCAACGACCACAACCACAGCAGCAACGACCACAACCACAGCAGCAACGACCACAACCACAGCAGCAACGACCACAACCACAGCAGCAACGACCACAACCACAGCAGCAACGACCACAACCACAGCUGCAACGACCACAAUCAUUUUCGCCUUCGCAACCCUUUCCUCUGCCACUGGCAGACCCCAGUGACAACAAUAUCAUUGGCAUGACCCCUCCCCCUCCACCACCAGCACCAAGGCCACCCACAUCAAGGCCUCUACCUCCACCUCCAACACGUCCACCACCCCUUCUCUCCACCUCGCAGUCUCUGGUUACUGCUCGACCCAUACAGCCAGUCACAGCACCGACAUCCAACUCGGUGGAGGAACUGCUGGUUAAUCCUGUCCCGGCCGUAAACGCUGGCGUCUUGCCCCUCGCCAACGAGAAGCCCUUAGAACCUCAGCUCUUCCCUCCUCUUCUGAACAUUGCUUAACAAAUUAGUCAUCCGAGUUUCUAACGUCUUCAAAAUCUUUGGUUAUCAAAAACCUUAUUGUUUUCUUAUAUAAUUUUAGUGUUAAAUGUUUUCUGUUGAAGAGUGAAUGCUAAGCCAUCGUCGCUAUGUUGUUUAGUGCCACUCACACUGUAUACAGUACCUGCUCCCAGUUCAUUUAAACUAAACACGACAGUACACUAACCAAGCCGACCCGGGCCUACAGCCAUAUGCAUCCACCUACAUAGAGAAGCCAGAUGAUCUUCGCUACAUUGAUGCACACUGGUCAGAAAUAUCCCAAACAAUGACGCCUCACACACACUGCGUAUAAUUGUCAAAUGCUGUGUGUAUGGUAUGAAGAAAUCAUGCUUCAAAAUUUAACUUUAUAUUUAUUAGAUUUUCAAGAUGGUCUAGCCAUACACCAGUAGCGGACAACAUGCAUCAGUUGGUCUCUCAGCGGUCUUGGGCAACAGGAUCCGCCUGUGUUCUACGUAGUCAGUGAACACAAGGGAGAUCAGAAACGCUAGAAGUAUAAGUGAUAAGUUUCCUUACUGUUGCGCCAUUGCUGAGCAAGUGUGUCACAAAUUUGGACAAAUCUCUCGCAAAUUUGAGCUAAGGCAUGCAUGUUUGAGCAAAUCUUUCAUGUCCCGCACAUGCAAUACUGUGCAACACAUUGAGGGAAGGUAUCGGAAAUUAAACCAUUUAAUGAGAACUGUGAGGGUGGGUAGUUGCUGUGUACAUAAUUAACAAACAAUGAGAUUUAUAAUAACCGUAACUGUCGUACGGAGACGGAAAUAGUCGAAAUAACCAACACAACACAUCAUUUAAACGCAUUAGUUGACGAUACAUUAUUUGUCAGCUUCGAAAAGUUUCUCCUAAUGUUAGAGGCGAACUAAAGCUGCUUUUUUUUUUUUUUGCUUUUAGAUUGAGCAGACUGAGAGUACUUCAGACACAUAAAUAUUUCAUAAAUUGGUUACAAGUAAAUAAGAAUUGCAUGUGAGGAAGCAAGCUAGAACUUCCCACUGUAUAAGAUGUUUCACCACAGCCCUCCCAUCAUCUCCAAUAAUUUUCUACAUCAUCAUCAACUUUUCCAUAACUUAACCAAUUUUUAUAAAGUUGGUUCAUUUACUAUUUCUAUUGUGGUUUUUGAUCAAUUAACAAACUAAGGUCUGUUAAUUACUUCAUGUACAGCAUUAUGUGGUUCUUUUCUCUCAAUGUUGCCCUCAACCAUACUUCAGCAGCAUCUUGCUCUUCGUCGUGCACACUACACGGCCAUACUACACACUUACCUCUUCAAAUAUGCUUCUAAAAUAUAUUCUAACUUAUUUGUUCUACUUUAACAAACGAUUCCAGUAAAUCUUGAUUUUUCAUCUUUGAAAAAAUCAUUGAUUUACUCAGCGAUUUUAUUAUUCGAUUAAGUUUAUAUCUACAUACACAGGAUUCGGUGCAUUUAUGGGCAAGAAUAUUGCUUAUUCUUUCGGGAUAUUUCAGGGUCAUGGCUUACUUACUAGGGCACAGAUUUUCAGAGGUUUUAUAGUUACUCUCCCGAUUACUGGUGGUUUGAGACGGCGUAAACCUGGAAAACUUCUGCUGCGACACAAGUACGGUGUUGACAUUGCACAGUACUAGGCAUGAACUGAUUGCAGAAUGUAUCUGAACCUGCUCCAGUGUUGGUCAAGUCUGGUCUUGAAGGAGCUCACACUCGGUGCUGUCACAACACUCUCUGGCAGAGUGUUCCAAGGGUUCACAAUAUUCUGGACUAGUUGUUUCUUCAACCUUGAACUGUGGCCCCCAGUGGGGCGGUCGUCCGUCAGCUCCAGGUCUGUUGGAUAAGCUAGGCUGUUGCAGACGUUCUAAUCUUUCUGGGUAACUGAGGUGCCUGAGCUCAGGCACCAGGCUGGUGGCCCUCCUUUGGACAUUCCCCAAACGGGGAAGCACCUCACUCAUGAAGAAGGUUACGAGGGACGUAUCAUUUAGAUGUCUGAACGACCUUAUAAAACCUACUAGAUUAGUUGCUUGAUUCACCUUCUCACAAUGGCCCGAGAACUUCAGUCGAAUUAACAGAGCUGCAUUGUUGAGCAGAUUACAAGAAAGACUUAUGAACAUUUUCUAUAUGGAAACAGAAUCAGUGAUAUUGGUAGCUCACAAACAGUAUACGAUAGAAGAUUGGUAUUUCUCCAAGUUAUGUAUUUAACGCGCUUAGGGGAUGUCGCGCUAAUACUGGCUUUAUAGAUUUAUACAUGACAGAGCAAUAAUGUGUCUAUGUGUCUUAUAUUUUCCUAUUUUAUGCCAGUUAUCCUCAACUGUUCUGUGGUGACUCAAGAUAUCUCUUGGCUGGAUAUAUGGCGUGAUAAAACCCAUGUACUGUAUAUUUAUGCAUUAUAAUUAUAAUGCAUACAUAAUUAUGUAUGUAUUUUGGAGCAUAUGUAUAUUUAUUGUGAUGUGUACUCUUAGGCACUAUGUUACAAAAAUUAUGCAAAUAAAUUUUUUAUUGUUUAAGAUGAAAA